CUCAGCACGUCACGAGCACGAGACGGUGUUCUAAGCCUGCAAGCCAAAUCGCAAGAAGAUCUUCGACUAUUUCCAUCCCUUGCAGCUCCGAUGGCUAUGGCCCCUUUGAUAUGUCUCCACUGAAGCGUCCGAGUGAGGAUGCGGACCAUGAGGAUGGGCGCCGACCUGCACCACGAACGCCGAGAAUUAGAGCUUGUGCCGAGUGUAAAAGACACAAAAUCAAAUGUGAGCCUGUCGACAAUGAAGCAAAAUGCGCAAAGUGUCUGCGCAGCGGAGCGGAAUGUGUUCCUUAUAAUUUGAACCAACGGCUUUUGGAUGAAGAUGCUGCCUGGAAAUCAAAUGCGACAGCCGAGUUGUCGCAGCUGCGGUCUGCGGUGCAGCGUCUCCUGCAGCACAACAAACUCCCCGGCUUGGAUAGUCCAGUUAGUCAAGAUACGCCGCCGCAUUCAGCAGGACGCACCAUGACCAUCAGCCCGACAAACGUCAUGUCCGAGAGCGGACAUGCCACGUUCGUUGUUCCGCCGCCCAUGGAUAUGACGAGAGAUACCUCUGUUGAGCCCGAGUCCGGAGAAGAGUCUGGCUUAGUGACAGCGCCCAUGAAGAGUUUAUACGACCUCACCCGGAUCCGGAACCUUCGGAGCAGCGUGCGAUGGAAGCCUAGCUCCAACUCUGUGGAAGAGGACUUUAUAGCGCAAGGCAUUGUGUCUUUACCGGAAGCUGAGGACCUGUUCAGACGGUAUAUGCAAGACAUCCGUCUCUAUCUCUGGGCUGGUGUACUCUUCCCAUAUGAUUCCUUGGAAGCAGUGCGCCGCCAGUCCACUCUUCUCACCGCGGCUGUGCUCACCAUCUCAGCACUACAUACGCCUGGUCGAGACGAAGCGUUGCAGAAAUGCUACAACAUCUUCGUAUCAUUAGUCUACAGUGCCUUUCUCGCUCGGCCUCAGAACCUGGAUGAUAUACGUGCGCUAGCUCUUGCCGCCUUCUAUCUCUCGAAUCUAAGCUGGAAGUUGGCCGGCCUCGCUGUGAGGAACGCUGUGGAAAUGAAUCUGCAUAUGUCAUACCAGAAGCUGAUGCGAGGGCAUGAAGAUCAGCGAGACAACGUGCGUCUAUGGUACGCGUUAUAUGUCUGCGACAAGCAGUUCAGCAUCGCAUAUGGGCGACCAUCUAUCGUCCAUGAAGACAUUGCCAUCAAGAACAUCGAACACUUCCUCGACAGUCCGAAAACGACACCGGGAGAUAUCAGACUGGGAGCGCAAGUCACUCUGUUCAAGAUCCUGACAGAAGCAUACAUCGCCUACGGCAGCGAUCCAGAGCAACCACUGACGGAACCCGACUUCCAACAACUCCGCCUCUUCAACUUCGCCAUCGAACAAUGGCGACUCGCAUGGCAAGCCCGAUCCGCCGACAGUCCAUCCAUCGGAUCCUACCCAUCGAAAGGCGUAGUGUUGUACUACCACUUCGCCAGAUUCCAGCUCAAUUCACUCGCCCUGCGUGCGCUACCUCCCCCUAGCGCCGCCACAUCGGAAUCACUUUCCUACGACCGCCGCGAAGCAGCCAACAUCGCCAUCACCGCCGCAACCAGCACCCUCACUCUAAUCUUCGAGGAGCCCGAUCUGCGCAAAGCCAUGACAGCAGUACCCAUCUUCACGCACACCAUGGUCGCGUUCUGCGCUACCUUCCUACUGAAGAUGGCAAAGACCUGGGGCGGCAUGGCACAAGUGCAAUCACCAGAAUGGGCAACCGAACCCGUUGGCCUAGGUCUCAACUUCAACAUUAACCAAGUACUAUCUCUGUCGCGGCGCUCCUCUUCUUUCCUAGCGAAAGUGGCGGAGAAUCUGAACGAGAAACACAUCACUACGCAUAUCGUGCAGGGCAUAAAUGAUUUGUUGAAACGGCUGGAUGUCGCGGGUACGCCGUCGGGUUCUGUGACUCAAGGCGGCUUUCCGGCGACUUCGCCUGCUACUACGCAUGUGUUCGAUCCUGUGAAAGCUGCUACUGCGCGCAAUGAUGAGGGUGUGGAAGUGGGGGCGUCGAACGAGUAUAACAUGUAUGAUUUGAUUGGUUCUUAUGGGUUUGGGUUUGACGAGACGUUUUUGGGUCAGGUUGGGCCUACGAAUUUGGAUUUUUGGCAGACGGAGCCUUUCUAAAAGGGUGGCAUAUGUUCGUGAUUCGAGAGGGAGCUCUUCUAGCCCUAUGUUCCAAUACACUUGAGGAUCUUGGGAUACCUUGUGACAAAAGGACUUCACACGUACUUUCACAUCAUAUCACUCUUGAAGUUAUAGUCCAGCCAUGUUUGGCGCUCCUGAUUAUUCCUACAUCACAUCUUCGUCCAGCCGACACCUCGCAUCCAACGUUACGACUCGAGAG